UUAAAUCUACGAUAUAUAUCAUCAAAGUCACUAGUUAUCACUGAGUUAUACCGGUUACAAGAAAAUCCAUUCUUCAUCAGCAACCCUGAACAAGGGUAAAUAGAAAAAAAAAAGACCAGGCCUGUUAUUAAAAUAAAGUGUUAUACGUGGAAACUUUUUAGUUAUAUGUUGCACAUCACAGUGAAUCUAUAUUUAUGUAAGAUGUGUUUUUAUUUACUGUUGUUUAGGAUUCCCGAUGAGGGGUAGAAUUUCCCAAAACUGAAACAACUCGGUGACAACUGGUGAAUUGAAUGAUGGAUUGGGCUCCAUAUUUAUUUAGAGCAUCUUAAACAGCUCCUCCAUCGUAUGAUUAAUAGCAUCAGUAUUCUUGAAAUAAACAUAUAAACAUAUGUUCACUGUGGUGAGUAAACAGAAAACUCAAAACACCUGUUUUAUCCUGGUCUUUCACAAUGUAGGUAAAGGUGAGUGAGUAUGUUGAUACUGUUUUAUUCUUGUGUUUCACAAUGUUAGUGAAGGUGAGUAGGUUGAUACUGUUUGAUCCUUGUGUUUCACAAUUGCCAUUCGUGAGUUUCUUGCAAUCUGAGACGAUUGAAAUGGUUCGUAAGCAGAGUUUAGUCAUAGUAAAUAGUUCAUUACAAUACGUUAUAAGAAACAUCGGUUCUCAUCAACAUAACAUCAGUUCAUUACAAUACGUUAUAAGAAACAUCGGUUCUUAACAACAUAACAUCAGUUCAUUACAAUACGUUAUAAGAAACAUCGGUUCUUAACAACAUAACAUCAGUUCAUUACAAUAAGUUAUAAGAAACAUCGGUUCUUAACAACAUAACAUCAGUUCUUUACAAUCUGAAUUACUGCCUGUGUUUUGCAACUCUGCAAUUAUAAUCUUGUUCGGAUAUAAAUAAGGAAGUAAGGGUGUUAGUUAAGUAGGUGUUUGAGAAUGUGUGUAAAUGACGUUUUCAACUGUGUCGUCUAUUUUAAAAUCAUUAAAACACUCUCCUGUUGCGUGUGCUUAUUCCCGCCUCAGAUACACAUCUCGGUGGUUGCUGAAUUUACCGUCUUCACAUUUCUCUUCUAUAAAACACUCGGUUAAGACAAAUACACGUAAGUAAUUGUGUGAACAACGAGAUUUGAAUGUUCUUUGAUUACACCUAUAGCUGCUGGUGUUGACUGUUAAUAAAUGAGACGAGAUAAUCCACCUAUUCGUGCGUGACAUGCCUCCUCCCCAGUGAUUGGAAUAGACGAUGCCAGCAGUGAAACAGCAUCCGAGUCUGCCAGCUCCGCGAGCUGCUUGCGCGUGCUCUCUAAUCUCCAAGUGCUUUCUCUCUUUGUAGCUGAUCGCCCGGAUGUGAAUUCGCUGUGGAGACAGGUGGCACCUUCGAAAAGACAAGCUGAAGAUGGUAAACUGGUUCUUAUUUCUUGAAUUUUGCUACUUCUAGUUUAUUAGUCUGUCUGCGGUUGUGGAUUUGUGUUCAUGUCUGUGACCAGCGGGCACUGCCCUCAACAGGCGCUGGUUCCCACCCUGAAUGGAUGAGAACUUUACAAAAGUUCCUUUGCCUUGCGUAGACUACGAUUGCUUGAGCCCAUGCCGUGCGGCACGCUGGCCCACUUGAUGAGCAGGGCCUUGGGGCCCCCAAAAGCCACCGCAUCUGACCACCUAAGCCUUCACAGCCGCCAUGCCCUGGUUCACUGUGCGUCUACUCCGUGUUUUGACCCCCCUGACCGCCGUUAUGUCCUUAGUUGCCCAAGGAAUCAUGCUGUGUUCUAACGCGUGGAUCCAUACCGAAGAACUCAUACAGAACCCGUUGUACAACGGUACCGGGGAUACAGAAUUCCUUUCCAAGUAUACCAUAUCCGGGCUCUGGCGGCUUUGUUACAACGAUCCCGGGAAAAAUAAUAUGCGCUGUUUUGACAUCGACUAUUUUCCAAAAGAAGACUACAGCCCUGACCCCAACGACUCCACAAUGGCUAUUCCAUAUGCAAUGAAAAGAGCAGCUACUUUCCUUUUCAUGAGCUCCAUAGCCCUUCUGAUUGGUGAAAUGCUGUGUUUCUGUGGUCACAUGAUCAGAAGACGACGAAUUCUUACUUUCGCUGCAGGUGUUGCCUUUAUUCUGUCGGGGUUGCUUGUUCUCAUGGGUGUGGUCAUCUAUAUUUCAAGUUUCAAAGCUGAAGUUGGGAAUAAACUUCAACCGAAAUCCUCUUUCCAAGGGCCGAUCUUUAAAUAUCGUUAUGGUUACACUUUCGCCUUCACGAUUGCGAGCAUCUUAAUAUGUGAAUUAUCCGGAACCUUCUCUCUUUACCUAUACAUUCAGUGGUAUAAACUUGAUUCUAAGAAAUACGUGGAAAGAUUGAAAUAUGAAGAGUUUUUACAAUCAGGGGAGGACCAUAUUCCAUGCAGGCGUCACCCACGCGGUCCUCGUAACAGUCGAACGCGAGAUACGUCGCGUGAAGCUUCACCUUGCCCGUCUACCAGUAGAGGGCGCCGCAACACAAACCCUGGCAUACCGUUAUCCGAAUCAAUGAAAGACUUGGCUUAUUACAACUUCCCUCCGUUUUCUAGGGACACUACGUGCUAUACUGUGUCAACUACCGCUGACAUCAACAGAGAAUACUCUCGUGAGUUCUCGUUUGAAACGUUGCGGCGCACAACUCCCGUGUAAAGCGCGUACUCUGAUCUAACUUGGUGCUCCGCUGAGAAAUGAAUUUUAUUUCAUGUUCAACAUUUCGAUUUGCAUAUCACCGUAUACUUAUUCUAGAAGUGAAAAAAAAAAUGAUGUAGUUUCCUUGUGAAGUUGUUAAGUUUAAGGAUUGACCCGGGAAAAAAAAAAAAGCAUAGUCUUAUGAACAAUAUUCUCAAAAAUUCAGUCUUCCCCGGACAUGCGUAGGCUUAUUGAACGCAGUGAGCCUUAUUAUAAACUGACGCGACCAGAAGAAGGUUAAUUAAGUAGGAAGAUUUGAAGAAAUUUCCUGUUGUUGAGAGGGUAUUCACACCAGCUAUUUCACUACAUAUAAGAUAAGUUAUUGAUGUUAGACUAGAUCUGUAGCCGAAAUGCUCACACCCAACCCCGCGUGCCUUCGGUCGUUUCAUCUGUUCACACACAAACACACUCACAUAUAUAUAUAUAUAUAUAUAUUUUCCACCUCGUCCUGGGUUUUAUUAAUGUCUCCCCUUUUCCUUUACUUUCUAUUCACCCUGUUAGGAAAUGUGUGUUUAACUUACUUAGCCUCAAUGUAAUCCUAUCUCUUUCCUAUAUUUCCUUCAAAUGUUAGAUUUGUCUUGUCUUUGUGUAAAUAGUAAGGUGCAACUAGUCGACGUAUAGAAACUUUGCAGUGUUUGCGAACCAAACUUGCUAAUUUAAUGGCAUAGUUUAUUUUAAAAACGUAUUCCAAUAGUAGGCCUAGUUCUUGUGAGCUGUUAAAUUAUGUUUCAGUGGAUAAAAUACAAGUGUUUGAUAGACUAAAUGUACGAAUAACAAAUCACUCACUUUUUACCGUUUUUAAAUAACGUUUGGCUCUAAGUAUUUCAAAUCAGAGAUGAAAUAACGUGAUUAUUAUUAUUAUUAGUUUGCUCUCAUGAAAUUGACUACAAUCUUUUGUGUGCACUGCCAGUAUCACCUGACUCUUUAAGUUAUGUAUUUUAUAACAGCGAGCACAUACACACUUUGAAGAUCAAAUUGAUGGAUGUUUCGUUAUCAUCAGGCGAUGUUGCGAAACAAAUACGAUCAGUGAAAUAGUACUUUGACGCACGUGAUUCUAAGCACUUCAUCCCUUUCUUUUACAAUAGAUAGUUCAGACUAUUUGAUGACAUAAACUUAAAAGAGGUAUGUAAUUUUUCAAAUGGUUUUUUAUCAUAAAACAGGUGACUUAGGUUGGUUAAUAACUUAUCUACACUAGCCAUAUUUCGUACUAAGAAAUCAACUGAAAAAAAACAACUAAACAAAACACGGGGAGUGGAGGUUGAUACCACAUCUCAAAGACAAGAAAUCUCUGAAAAAAAACAACUAAACAAAACACGGGGAGUGGAGGUUGAUACCACAUCUCAAAGACAAGAAAUCUCCUGAAAAAAACAACUAAACGAAACACGGGGAGUGGAGGUUUAUACCACAUCUCAAAGACAAGAGAUCACCUGAGAAAAAAUUAAACAAAACUUGUGGUUGAUACCAUAUAUCAAAGACAAGAGAUCAUCUGAGAAAGAACUAAUCAAAACAGGGGGUGGAGGUUGAUAUCACAUCUCAAAGACAAGAUAUCACCUGAAAAAGAACUAAACAAAACAGGGAAGAGGGUUGAUACCACAUCUCAAAGACAACAGAUCUCCUGAAAAAGAAAUAAAUAAAACGGGAGGGGGGUGUGUGCCUCAUCUCAAAGAGGCUCACAUCAGCAAAUAUUUCGUGAAAUUAGAAACAAAGAAGGAAAUGAAAAAUCCCUUUUUUGGGGGCAAAUGUUAUUUGGAGUGACAAAUACGUACAUAUCUACUAUUUUCUGUUUAAACGAUAACGAUGUAAUCUAUUUGUCAUUUCUCUGCGUAUUUAGUCAUCUCUCAUUCACCCAUUUAUAUUUGACCUCGAAUUUUUACAAUUACAAAAAUCCUGUUGAUCCAGGAGUUAACCAGGUUUCAGUUAAAUUUCGGAUCUCGUCAAAGCGAAGACGUAAAUCGGACAAAAAAAAAGGAAACAACAAAAACAUGAUUUUAUACGGUUACUUUAAUCAUAAGGUCCUUGUAAUAUUGAAUUGAGAAGUGGACUAAACAUUUAUCAAAAUCUUUAGAGUAUAAAUAUUUUACUUCAGGUAGCUCCAAACAAUAUUUUUAGAGUGAAAU